AUCAUCAUCCUUUGAGGGGUUUAUACAUUUACGCUUCUGCACAUACAUUUUAGCUCUUUGUUUUCUCUCAUUCGACUUCUGUCCAUCUUGAGUGGCUUCGUUUUCGUUUUCAUCCUGUCCCCUUAUCCUAAAAGUCUAGACGCCUGGCCUACCGGAAUGCUAUUUUGAAGCAAAUCACCUUUUCUCUAUUACCGAUUUUAUUUUAUUCUUAUCGAGACUUAUACAAGCAAAAUGCCCUCCCCAUCGAACUCUAAUGGCUCGAAAGCUCCAAAGCUAGAUGGCGAUAGCUUUGUCGCGUUUGACCAUGCCGCUGCUGGACAUGAAGGUGUCCGCUGCACCGAGUCCGGCUCCUUUAUCGCAAAGCCUUGCACCGCCCAGGAAGUUGCCUUUUACGAGACCAGCGCCCUUCACCCCGACUUCAAGGCAUUUAUGCCCACCUACAUCGGAACGCUGAGUUCCGGGGAUCAGCAGCAACCGAUUGCGCUUGCGGCCCAGCAAAGCGGCGCCAUCGUUCUUCCGAGCUCGGAUUACUCGUCGGCCUCCAAUACCCCGCCGCCUGCUGGAGGAACCCCAGCUAACGAGGCGACCGGAUCCGAUUCCACUGCGACCAAACAAGAAGAAUGGGUGCCUUCGGGUGGCAAGAAACUUGAUACAGGAUUGUCGAUCGUGCUGGAAAAUGUCGCGUCCGGGUUCAAGCGACCCAACGUUAUCGAUGUGAAGCUGGGUGCGCGACUGUGGGCGGAGGAUGCGCCUCUGUCCAAACGGGAAAAGCUAGACGCCGUGUCCAAGGAAACAACGAGUGGCAGUUUAGGAUUCCGGAUAGCAGGGAUGAAGGUGUGGACUGGCGAGAACGGAGAAAAUGACGAGGGCGCCAAGACCGACCCCUACGCCACCAAAUACGAAGGCAAGGAAGGCAAGAAGGGGGAAGUGGUCGAGAAGGAUGGCUUCCGGCGCUACGACAAGUGGUAUGGGCGGUCUCUCAAUGACAGCAAUGUCAAGGAAGGCUUUGCGACCUUCCUUGCGGGGGCAAAGGCUGGAUCAACCGAUCGCUCCAAGCUGCUCGCAGCGAGACUGGCGGAAGAUCUAAAGCGCUUGCAAAGAGCCAUUGAGUCUGAGGAAAGCCGGAUGUACUCUGCCAGCAUUCUGGUAGUCUACGAAGGGGAUCCAGCGGCCAUGGAACAUGCGCUCGUGGAGGAGGCCAAGCCAAAGGAGGCCUCCGAAGAUGAGUCCGAGGGAGAGGACGAGGACUUUGAACUGGAACUGCAACAAGAUGGGUCUUUCCAAGUGGUGGACCUUCCGGGUGGCCAACCCGGUGCUCCUCAGCAGGCAGUAAAUAUCACUAUUGACCCUGAGACAGCCCAGAUGGGCCAAAUGGGCGAGCUAGAGGAGGAUGAGGAGGAAUUCCCCAAGGUCCACGAUCUUCGAUUGAUCGACUUUGCCCAUGCCGACUGGACCCCUGGUCAAGGGCCCGAUGAGAACGUUCUCAUGGGCGUCCGGAACCUGGCGAAAAUCUUCGAGACAUUCGCUUCGGAGUAAUGGCGACGUUGUAUAGUGGGCAUCUACUUGAUCAAGUCGCUGGCGACUUGAGCAACCCAGACCCGUGCAUCUGCUCUUGAUAUUCCGCACGAUCAUCAAGUGCGCGGCAUUCUAAUGCAUUUGGAUAAACAUAAGUAGCGUAUAUACACUAG